AUGCCUUUCACUGAGUUCGUCAUCCCAACAUUGAAGACUGAUCCGGAGACCGAAGCGACGUUUCUGAGCGAGCUCGCACCCUAUCUCAUUGAGAUCCUCGACACCCAUGCCAAUCCUCCCAAGGCCAAAAAUUUCGGAAAGAUUCUCAUUGAGAAUGGGAAGGAUGUGUCAAAGGAGUUCAGACUCAGUGUUGGACUUGAAUGGAACGAUGAUUCACACUUCAACUCCUUUGUCGCAUCAGACAACUUUGCGGCCUUCAAAACUAAGGUUUUUGGAAGUGCGUUGACGGAGGUGUGGCAGGUGAAGCUUGGGGAGGGAGAUGCCAAACUAGUGGAGUCGCAGGAGGCGUGGAGAAAGUUUGUUGCUGCUGUUGCAGCUGCAGAUGCCCAGAAGGAAGGCACGAAGAGCAUUCACGGGCCGAGUCUGAACCUUGAGGAGAGGAGGUGGGUUGGUGUGUUGGGGUGGGACGACAACGAGACCCGAGAGAAGGUACUUGCGAGUGCAGCUGUGAAGGAAGCAAAGGAAGGUCUUGACGCACUAGUGUGGAAUACGUUUGUUACUACAUUCGCACAGUAA